AGAAAAAACAACUCGUACAGUAGUGCGAACUAAUUAACAGUACAGGGAUGACCAGAGACUGCGGACAUAGUACAGGAGAUGACCAGAGACUGCGGACACGGUACAGGGAUGACCAGAGACUGCAGACACAGUACAGGGAUGACCAGAGACUGCAGACAUAGUACAGGGGAUGACCAGAGACUGCAGACACAGUACAGGGAUGACCAGAGACUGCGGACACAGUACAGGGAUGACCAGAGACUGCAGACACAGUACAGGAGAUGACCAGAGACUGCGGACACAGUACAGGAGAUGACCAGAGACUGCAGACACAGUACAGGAGAUGACCAGAGACUGCGGACAGUACAGGGGAUGACCAGAGACUGCGGACAUAGUACAGGGAUGACCAGAGACUGCGGACACAGUACAGGGAUGACCAGAGACUGCGGACAGUACAGGGAUGACCAGAGACUGCGGACACAGUACAGGGAUGACCAGAGACUGCGGACA